AUGGCUGAUCCAAGCUGGGGCGAGCAUGCCUAUGCUACGCUUCUGUUGAACGAUGCCUAUCUUCCUGGUGCCCUGGUUCUUGCCCACUCUCUGCGCGAUGCCGGCACCUCCAAGAAGCUCGCGGUCCUGGUCACCCUCGACGGCGUGACUGCUGAUGCCAUUGUUCAGCUCAAGACCGUCUACGACUAUGUCUUGCCUGUGCCUCGAAUCCGCAAUGACAAGCCUGCCAACCUCUACCUCAUGAACCGUGCCGAUCUGCACUCUGCCUUUACCAAGAUCAACCUGUGGAAGCAGACGCAGUUCUCCCGAAUUGUCUACAUCGACGCCGAUGUCGUCGCCUACCGAGCUCCCGAUGAGCUCUUCGACCUCCCACACGCCUUUGCGGCCUCCCCUGAUAUCGGUUGGCCCGACAUCUUCAACACCGGUGUCAUGGCCCUGACGCCCAACAACGGCGACUACCACGCCAUGGUUGGCCUGGCCGAGAGGGGCAUCUCCUUUGACGGUGCCGAUCAGGGUCUCCUCAACACCUACUUCAAGAACAACUUCCACCGUCUGCCCUUUACCUACAACGUCACCCCCUCUGCACACUACCAAUACCUCCCCGCCUACCGUCACUUCCAGUCCAGCAUUAACAUGGUUCACUUCAUUGGACCUGACAAGCCAUGGAAGGCCGGCCGCAAUGCUUCAUACGGAAGCUCUGCUUAUGAUGAAAUGGUUGGCAGAUGGUGGGCAGUCUAUGAUCGCCACUACCGCGAGAAGGAGAUUUCUCAGCUUGCCAACGGCAGUGGUAACUACAACCAAGCUUACGAGUCUCAAAAGAACGCCUCUCUGGCCGACACAAAGUUCGACACACCACAAGGAGGAAACUUCCAACAGACGCCCCGUCAGAUCUUCCCCUGGGAGGCCAACCAGCCCAAGGCUACGAGAUCUUUCUACGGUGAUGAGCCGGAGCUGCAGCCACAGGGUGCCUCCCGCUCAGGCCCUACUGCUGCCAAGUCGACUGGUCGUUCAUCAGUGACAAAGUCGCCUCCGAAGUCACCCGUUUCAAAAGCGUCGGACAACAAGAGCGAGGCCGGAACAGCAUCCUGGACAACAUACUCGCGUGGUAAUGCCUGGGACGAGGUCCCCGGCAUCUCCAAGUAUGCGGACGCCGUCGAGAAGCGCCACCGAUCAAGUAGCCGGGGCAAGGAAGGAGAGGAGAAUGACGACGAAGAUGAUGAGCAGGAAGAGAUCCAGCGUCCCUUCAAGGUUACUGACUUCCCCACUGAGGCGGAACGGCCCAGCCUGCCGGUCACACCGGCACCAGUUCCCCGGGGACGCGAUGCCGCUGGCAAAGCGCUGCCGGAAGCUGUGGGCGUGCCGUCACAGUCCGAAUGGGAUCCCACUGCGCAGUUAGAGAAGCUCGCUCAACAGCAGUCGGCGAUACUAUUGCGCAAGCUGGGGGGAGACAAGGGGGGCGUACCAGGAGGAUCAACUCCUGUCGUGCUGAGUCCGCGGCCUGUCAAGGGAACAGCGGCGGCAGCAACCAGGAGUCUGGAGCGCAAGAUGAAUGAAGAAGAAGCUGGCAAGUCAUGA